AUGUCAUACAUAGCACCAUCUACAUUCUCAAACAAUCCAAUCAAAGUGCAGUUUGAUGAGGUCAUUGCUCUACUUGAUCAGGUGCAUCAGCUAAUAGACAAUGGAUCAUCAGCAGAGGUAUCAAAGGCAUCUUCAAUACUCAAAUCAAUACUGCCAUUGUAUAAAGAGAUAUCAUCGAAUGAGGAGAGCAAGACACAGGAGGGACAGGAUACACUGCAACUGAUUAAACUAAAGUUGACUGAGGAGACGAAUAGGGUGCUCGACAAACGUAAGGAGGCAAAGAAGGGUGCAUUGGCAGGCCAGCCUCAAACACCAAAGGUGGUCGAGCCACAGCGUCCACCUCUCCUGCAGGGCUACCUCAAGAAGCAGGGCGAGAAGGGCAUAGUCAAGACUUACAAGAGACGAUGGUUCCAACAGAAGGACACCAAGUUGUACUAUUACGAGAAGGAAGGUGACACUGAGUCAUAUGGCUUCAUCAACCUGCCAGACAUGCUCAAUGUCAAGACCAGCGACACUGGCUUUGAGCUGGUGACGCCUGGCCGCACCUAUGUGAUGCAGGUGUUCAAACCGUCGGACCUCAACUACUGGACCGAAGGUCUGAAGGAGUACAAGAAGUACUUCACAGCCUAUCAGAACAGCCUCAAGCUAGGCACAGCCCUGGACCAAUCGGUCACUCACGGCAGUCUUGGCGAUCUCAGACGCAUGACCAACAUGAUGAACGAGUAUAACAUCGACACUGCACCAAUUUCAGCCAGUGGCGGCUCACUUCGAGACUUCCGCAAGGCCUCCAUGGCUGAGCCUCCCACAUCCAUCCAUGUGGCACCUCCCACAGCCUCAUCAAACAGUUACUCUGGACCUUCAACUUUGGACAAUGCCAUGAGACAACAACAGCAACAGCAGAAGGCAGCAGAGGAAGCCGACAAACUAAAGCAAAGACAGGAAGAGGAGAGAGAGCGUGCAGCAAGAGAGUUGGAAGCCAAGGAGCAAAGUGAAAGAAUGGAGAAGCUGAGGAUACAGGAGGAGAUGAAUCACCUGAAGGACAUUGAACACGCGCAACAUGAACAGGUUACUCACACUGGUGAGGCGUCUGUACUUGCCCAUGCUACCACUGUCCCCUCGUCAGUUCCUGACAGCAGUGCACAGCCAUCACAUCAAUCACCAACACAGCAAAGGAAGAUAAACCAAGACGACAACAACAACCACAACAACACUACAAGGAGACAAAGUAUUACUAUUACACCAACAAUGGAGGACACAUCACCAACACUUAGAAGCCCAAAGAAGAUCGAUUUGGAACUCAAUAGGAAGACGAUCGAGGAGGAGGUGACAAAGAGGAUGCUUGUUCAACAGGAGGAGUUGUUGGAGAUUGAGAGACAACGUCGAGCCGAGUUGGAGAAUGAAAUCCUGAAGCUAAAGGAUAUCAUCACGAAGCAGGCCUCGGACGAGAGGAAGAAGACAAGUAUUAAGCUGGACCUUCAGCUCAGAGAGGAGGAGAUCGACCGUCUCAAGAAGAACUUGGUCUUUGUCGAGGCCAAAGUUGUAUCGCUCGAGAACCAGAAUGCAGAGCUGACCAAGUCCUCGAGGUCCUAUGCAUCAGACUUCCCAUGGGCUGAGGAGAUUGCCAACAGAGACAAGACAAUCCUGGCACUUCACGAGCGUGUCGAUGAUCUAAGCUCCAACCUCAAGCUUAAAGAGAACGCAGUGUCAGUGAUCAGACGCGAGAAUGAGAUGCUCCGCGAGGAGACCGAGAAGAAGGAUCGUUACAUCAGCUCGCUCGUUGAUAGAAGUAGAUCUGAUUCAAAGUCAUCACAAAGAUACUCUGUAUCAGGUGAUGUAACAAAGCUACGCGAGUCAGCACUGGCUCAUCAAUCACAGAACAGCUUCUUGGCAGCUGAGCUCAAGAGAUUGGAGACGGACAACAAGGUUAAGCUGGAGAUGAAGGAUCAGAGACUGAAGGAGCUGGAGAAGCUGCUGAAUGAGAGUGUAUACAAUUUUCAAAGUCUCAGGGAGAUGCUGCAUGGCGCCUCCACCUCUGAGUACUGUGGUCGCAUCGAGAAGGAGAACCAGGAGAUCAAACGAGAGUACUUCCUGGCGCUGGGUGUCUCGAUCAAGCUGCAUCGUAGUGCAGCGGGACAGCCAACCAACGUGGACGUUCAAUCGCUCUAUGAGGAGGUUGUAAAGUCAUCCGUGCCAGUCAACAAUUGGCCCGAGUGGGAUAUCGAAUGUUUUGGAGCAACAGGACCGCCAAGUCGUAGCAAACACCACGCAAGCCAUCAUCAAUCGCAACAAUAG